AUGUCUGAUUCUUCUACAGAAAAUUCUAUUCCGAGCAAUAUUGAAUGCAGUCGACUUUUUGUCAAAAAUUUGUCUGGAGGUGGUAAGAAAAAAGGUUGGAAUGAACAAAAAUUGCGUCAAUUAUUUGAAAAAUUUGGGGCUAUUACCGACAUUAAAUUGAAACUAAAUGACAAAAGUGGAGCUAUAAAAUUUGCAUUUGUUGGGUUUGAGAAUUCUUCAAGUUGCCAAACUGCUUUUGAAAAAUUGAAUGGAACUUUUUUGAGGGGGAAAAAGUUCGAGAUUGAUUUAUGCAAACCACUCCCUGAGGAACGAAAACAAUUAACAAGAGAAUUUACUUUACGUAAAAUAAGGAAACAAUGUGCUGAACAAAGUAAUGAAGAAGAAAAUUCAAAAGAAGAAUCUUCCGUUGAUAAAUUAAUUGAAGAAAAAAUUAUGGACACUGGACGCCUAUUUUUGAGAAAUUUACCAUUUUCUUGUACUGAAGAAAAAUUAAAGGAAUUACUUGAACCUUUUGGAACUUUGGCAGAAAUUAAUUUAAUUAUAACUAGAGAGGGGCAAUGCAAAGGAUAUGCGCUAUGUUCUUUUAUGUUUCCUGAACACGCAUUGGAAGCCUGGAAAAAAUUGGAUGGGCAAAUUUUUAUGGGAAGAGUGCUUCAUAUAAUUGCUGGUGAAGAAAAUACCAAAAAACCAAUUCAACUUGGCGAGAAAACUUUGUCAAAAUUUCAGACAGAAAGGGAAAGUAACAGAAGAGGAGAAAAUGCAGAAAAAUUAAAACAGACCUGGAAUUCGUUGUUUUUGGGAACAAAUGCUGUAGCUGAUUUGUUGGCAGAAGAUUACCAAGUGACAAAGAGGGAAUUGUUGUUGGAAGAGAAAGGAGAGAAUAGUGCUGCUGUACGUCUAGCAAUGGCUGAAACUCGUUUGGUUCGUGAAACAAAAAAAUUUCUUCUAGAUCAUGGAGUUAAAUUGGAUGUAUUCUCAAAUCCUAAUUCAACUGCAAAACGUUCAAAAACAGUUAUUUUGGUCAAAAAUUUAAAUGGGAAGCCUGGAGGAAAUCAUGGAAUCAGUGCAUUAGUUGAAAUGUCAAGUGAAUUGGAUGCUAAAAAAGCUUUCGAAACUUUGUCGUAUUCAAAACGUUUUCCAAUAACCGAUGGAAGGCCUUUAUAUUUGGAGUGGGCGCCUAUUGAUGUUUUCGACGAAAAUCAUAAAUCGAGACAAGAAAGUAAUGUUUUGACAAAAAUAUCUGCUGAUUGCGAAAAUAACGAAGAAAAUGAGGAAGAAUCCCCAUCAACAACUAACCAAAAGAAAGAGGAAGAAGAAAAGGAAAGAACGAAAAUUCUAGUUCGUAACGUUCCCUUUCAGGCUAACCCAAAAGAAAUUUCUCAAUUAUUCUCUGCUUUUGGUGAACUUAAAUUUGUUCGGAUACCUAAAAAGCCUGGCGGUGAAGGAAGAGGUUUUUGUUUUGUUGAAUUUAUUUCCCCAGCUGAUGCUAAAAGAGCAAUGGAAACAUUAAUGCAUUCAACACACUUGUAUGGAAGAAGAUUAGUUUUGGAAUGGGCAAAAAUGGAAGAAAAUGUUGAGGAAUUGAGAGAGAAGGUUAAAAGAAAAAAUUUGUUAUUAAUUAAAGGUAAAAGAAAUAAAAGGGAAAAAAUGAGAUCUUUCGAAAAUUGA